AUGGCUUCUGCACUCCGGUCCACGGCGAUCGCAGCCCUCUUGGCCGUGUUCGCCGACCACACCAGCGCUGCGGCCAUCGCAGCAAAGUGUCCUACGCGCUUCGCGUGGGAGAAUGCCCAGCUGACGGACUCAACCGUCGCCAAAAGCGACCCCCUAUUCAGCUUUGGCGACGCGACGGCCACCUCAGACCUCAACGCUAAGAAAGAAAAGUGCAGAGUCAUGCCCGGCGAUGCCGCGUGGCCGUCGCAGCAGACCUGGGACAAGUUCAACACGGCGCUCGGCGGCGCCCUCAUCGAGACGGUGCCCCUCGCGGCGCCGUGCUACAGCAACCGGCCAGAGUACGACGCCGCCGCCUGCGCGGAGGUGACGGCGAAAUGGGGCAGCCCCUACCUGCACGUCGACGACCCCACGUCGGUCAUGUGGCCCCUCUACCAGGGCCGGACGUGUCUACCAACCGACGACCCGACCGCCAGCAACUGCACUCUGGGCGGCUACGCGGCCUACUCGGUCGCCGUGACCAAGGUCGAGCAGAUCCAGCUCGCGCUGAACUUUGCGCGAAACUCCAACCUCCGCCUGGUUGUGAAGAACACCGGCCAUGAUUUCGCCGACAAGUCUAUCGGUGCCGGGGCGCUCUCGGUCUGGACGCACAAGCUCAAGGACAUCGAGUUCUUGGCCGACUACAACUGCAGGGGAUACAGUGGACCCGCGUUCCGGCUGGGCAGCGGUGUUGUGACGGAAGAGAUCUACGCUGCUGCCGAAGAGCACGACGUCACCGUCGUUGGUGGCAUGUGUCGCACUGUGGGUAUUGCCGGCGGGUACAGUGCCGGAGGCGGCCACUCGCCCAUGGCGGCUCUCGUGGGCAUGGCUGCUGACCAGAUCCUGGAACUAAACGUGGUGCUGCCCAAUGGGCGGUUCGUCAAGGCCAACGAGGAUGAGAACCCAGACCUUUACUGGGCCCUCCGCGGUGGCGGUGGCAGCCCCAACGAGUUCAUCUUCAACAUGAUGCCCAUGUGGGGAGCCAACAUGACGAAGCCGGAGUUCACCUCGCUCGUCACACCCUUCCUCGACGACCUAGCCAACCUGGGCAUCGCCAUCACUCCCGUCAUCAAAGACUACCCGACCAUGUACCAGGCAUACACCGACACGUUCCCCAACUCGGAGGGCGUCGGCGGCUUCACCAGCCACGCGGCCUCGCGCCUCUUCCCCAAGGAGAACUUCGAGGCAGCCAAGCUAGGCGACACGCUCGCGGCGGUGCGGCACGCGGUCGAGGGCGGCGGCACGCUAGUCGGCUACAACAUCCGGUCGGCGCCGAACCCGGGCGCCAAGCAGGACAACAGCGUCAACCCGGCGUGGCGCAAGGCGACGGGCUUCUUCAUCCUCAGCGCGGGGUGGGAGGCCGGCUCGACCGACGCCGAGAUCCAGCAGGCCAGCGAGACGCUGACCAACGACUGGAUGGCGCGAUGGCGCGAGGUGUCGCCCGGUGCGGGCUCGUACAUGUCCGAGGGCGACAUCAACGAGCCCGACUUCCAGCAGGCCUUCUACGGCGCGCACUAUGACCGCCUGCUUAAGCUGAAGAAGCAGUACGACCCGACCGGUCUGUUCUAUGCCCCGACGGCGGUCGGCUCUGAGGAUUGUCGCGAGUCCGUGACCAUGUCAUGA